UAAUGUCUCAUUUAAAUGUAUUUCAUUCAUUCAUUAUCACUAUUAUUAUUAUGAUGAUGAUGAUUACUUUCAUAAAUCAUGUUUCAAUGAAAUCAAUUUUAAAAAUGAAACCAAAAAAUGAAUUUAUUAAAACAAAAAAAGAUUUAUUCAAAAUUAUAUCAAAAUGGCCAAUAACAAUUAGAAAUCAAUUAAAAUUACAUAUUCAAAAUUUAAAUUUUCAUGAUAUAAAAAAUGUAUUUAAUUUAUGCGCUAAAACUAAUGAAUCAAUACCAAUAUUUAUUGAAAAUAGUAAAUUUAUAUUUUGUCAAUCAAAUUUUUGUAAGAAACAAACAAAUUUAUGGAUUUUAAUCAUUGUACAUACACAUCCAAAUCAUCGUCAAAAACGUGAUUUAAUUCGUGGAACAUGGGGAUCAUUAAGUCGUGUUAAUAAUCGUAAAAUUGGUGUAUUAUUUUUUAUGGGUUUAUCAAAUGAUUUUAAUGAACAAAAAUUAAUUGAAGAAGAAGAACAAAUUCAUGGUGACAUUGUUCAACGUGCAUUUCUGGAAGAUUACUAUAAUAUGACGAGGAAACAUAUAACGAUUAUGGAAUGGAUUAGUAAAGGUUACUGCAACAAUGUGCCAUUUCUAGUCAAAGUUGAUGAUGACACUUUUGUCGAUAUAUUUCAUUUGACACGCUACUUAGAAUUAAAAUAUAACAACCUAAAAGGUUUAUUCUACUGCACUGCUACAAGUAAUGUUAAAGUUGUACGACCAAACAGUAUAAAACAUUCCAAGUGGCAAAUAAGUGAAAAAGAAUAUCCUGAAAAAAUAUUUCCAACAUAUUGUGAAGGCUUUGGAUAUAUUAUGGAUAUGAAACUGGCUCCCUACUUAUACUGGUGUUCAAUGUUCCAACCACCUAUAUGGAUAGAUGACGUUUAUGUAACAGGAAUUUUAGCACAAAAUCUAGGUAUACCAAGAUUGAGAUUUGAAGAUGGACAUAGUUAUUUUAACUUGAAACCUGCAAAAGAUGAAGGUUUACUUGCAGACUCUAUAUUUUUAGUAUCAUUCUACAAUGAAUUCUAUCCACUUACAGUACAAGAUAUAUGGCGUGAAGUUGUUGCACAUAGUAUGGAAAUUGAUUAAAUUAUAUUACAUUCCUUUUCCCCCUCCAUUGAAUAAUCAAUAAUUUAAAGACAGUUACGUAAUAAUUUAUAUACUUGUUCAAAUCUAUUUAAUCUGAAAUUAGAUAAAACGUUCAGUUAUCAAUAUUUUUAUACUGUUAAAUGAAAUAUUUGUUUUAAAUUACGUUGACUUAUAUAUAAAAAUUUAUAUUGUGACAAUCAA